AGAGCAGCACUGAAAUAAGAAUCUAAUUAUUUCUUAUUAAUUAAAAUGGAGUUUCAAAAAGCAUCAGAUAUCAACGUCUGCAAUGGACAGGUUAUUAAAGUAUAUCACAAAGGGUUCGAUGAGAACUCCAUAGAUGCAAAGAAAGCUGAAUUGAUCCGCAAACAGCAGGUUAAGGAAUCAGAAGAUGUGUGCAAGCUAUCUGAAAUUGAAGUAGCCUACAGCACCGUGCUUCGAGAACUGGGAGAAAACGUGGAACGCGAGGGUCUCCUGCGCACACCGUUACGCGCCGCCAAAGCAAUGCAGUUCCUGACCAAAGGUUACCGUGAGACCGUAGACGACAUCCUGAACGAUGCCAUCUUUAACGAGAACCACAACGAGAUGGUGAUCGUUAAGAACAUUGAAAUGUUCUCUCUCUGUGAACACCACCUGGUGCCUUUCUUUGGCAAGGUUCACAUUGGAUAUCUUCCAAAUAAUAAAGUAGUUGGUUUGAGUAAGCUAGCAAGGAUUGUUGAAAUUUUCAGCAGGAGGCUUCAAGUGCAGGAACGUCUGACCAAGCAGAUCGCUACAGCCAUCUCAGAGGCAUUACAGCCGGCAGGUGUAGCUGUUAUCAUAGAGGCAGUUCAUAUGUGCAUGGUGAUGAGGGGCGUACAGAAGAUGAACAGCAAGACUGUGACAAGCUCCAUGCUGGGACUCUUCCAAGAGGAUCCUAAGACCCGAGAGGAGUUCCUGGUCCUGACUAAAAACAACUGAACACACUGCCAAAUUUCACCUCACCAAUCUUCAAUUGUCUUUCUUUGUCUGCAUUUGCAAGUAGAUUUUUCCAACCAUCUGUGAAAUUACCAAACUUGGUUUAAAAUCCGAACAAAAUAUUUUGAGCCUUGACCUGGAGAGACGGUUUGUGAGUGGUUUGCAGCUUUGGGAUAAUACAGUAAGACAGACGAGCUCAGUCGAGCAAAGAUGAAGUAUUUGAAAUAGUAUUUGAACACAGGCAUGGUACUAUGUUAAAAUUGUUAUAUUAGGAAGUCAUGAUGAUGGGGAAAAAACCACAAGUUCCUUGAUGACUUUAAGUUAAAUGUAGUCCUUGGAUAGUAUAUUAAAUGUUUCUCCUGAAAGACCCUCUGUUUUCCCCUUUAGGGGAAAUGCCUAACUGUUAUUCUGUGACAUAUUGGAUUAUUUGAUGUAGUUACAUGAUAUAUGAACUUGAAGCUGAAAUAUAACCCAUAUAAGAUUGACAUUUGUACUAAUUUAGAUUGUCUGACUAUUGUGCCAGUAAAGCGGUGCUAUUAUUUUAGUUGGUUCUUACAUUAAAAUUAUAUUGUAGCAAUA